AUGUCAGGCUCACGACAGCAGCCUGGGUUGGCCUGCGAGGAAUGCCGCAAAAAGAAACUUCGAUGCGAUAGGCGAAAACCCCAAUGUGACCAGUGCGAAGACUCUGGUACAGCUUGCCUUGUGAAUCAGGUUCGCUCCCCACGGGGCCCUAAGAAGGGACACCUCAAAGCUUUGCGCAAUCGCAUUGCAACGCUGGAAAGCAUCAUAAAUUGUGAUCAGGGAAAUGUCGGUCUCACGGAAGUAUUGGAUAGCAGUGAGAAAUAUCACUCCGAAGAGACCGUUGAAAUCCUUAGUCCACCCCAAGAGUAUAUUGCCAAUCCCACGAACACCGAAUACCAUGAUAUCACCUACUCCAUUGAGCCGUCAACAAUAGCAUCCCCCAUUGCACCAAUGACACCACCUGAUCAUGAGAGCUCAGAUAUGAUCGAGGCAGAUUUAGAUCAGCUAUAUUUCGACAGAGUACACCCUGUCGUGCCGAUGCUCCACCAAAGUCGGUACUUCUCCUGGUCACAGAGAUUCAACAAGCCAACUUCUCACAUCUGCUUGCAAUUUGCAAUGUGGGCGCUGGCAGCAGCUUCAUCCGCCCAUUUACAGGACAUGCGAGAGUCUCUCUAUACCCGUGCGCGGUCCAGGAUUGAGGCUCUAGAUUACGAUAUCGAAUCUAGCAGUGCAGCCUGUCUCCAGGCAGCCCAAACGUGGCUUCUUCUAACCCACUACGAGUUUCGCUAUAUGAGCUACCGCCGUGCGUGGCUUACCGCAGGACGUGCCUUUCGUAUUAUUCAACUAGCCAAACUACACGAGAUUGAUCGGCUCAAUGACGUUAGCAUCAACAUGGCACAUCCCGAAGCAUGGGCUGAAGCCGAGGAAAAACGUCGGACAUACUGGCUAGCAUAUUGUCUAGAUCGGUUCCUCAAUAUCUCAGACGAGUGGCCUCUAAGUCUACACGAGGGAGCUCUCUGCAUAUAUCUUCCCGUCUCAGAGCCAGAUUUCCAACACAGCAGGCCAGUCCUUAUGGACUCCUUAUAUGACGAGAUCGAGACCUCCGGACAGAAAAUGCUACCGCCUUUCGCAGAGACAAUUGUCCUGAUUACGCUAUGCUGGCACAGCGUUGCAUUCCAGCGAGCCGCGUACGGUGACAAAACAUCUCCGAGCGACGGACAUACCUGGAAGCGCCAUACUCGAUUAUACCAAAUGGUACAACAGCGGCUGAUGCUGAUCUCACUACCCCCCUCCUCGCCAGAACUCCACGAUCCCAUGCGUCUCUUUACAAACAUGCUCGCCAAUGCUGCUGUGAUAUGGUUCUACAACAUAAUGGAGACCCUGCAGGUGGAAAUUGAUGAUGAGAUUAUCCUUGUUCCGCUCUACUCCGCGUACGAAAUAGUAGGUUUGGCGAAGCCGCUCACCCGAUCCAGCUUUUUCAAGGUGAGGCCACCCCCCAUUCAUCCCCGUAAAUUGACCGUGGGUUUUGUUUCUCAUUGGGUUGUACAGGCGCAUGCAUUUUCUCCCAUGCUACUAUAUCUCUCGGCAAAGUUUCUCAAGACACAUGCCGAUCAACCGAGUACAUGUGUCCCCGCGUCGGAGGAUAAACAGCAGAAGCUAGAGGAUUUGAAAAGUGCUUUGCGGGUUUUGCAGGGUGGGAAUAAUUUAGCUAUGAGCUACUUGGAGCUGCUUGACUCGGACUCGUUUCAAAAAUUCUGCAACCUAUCGACUAUUCAAGGAUGUACUAUGUCUGAAGUUACAGAUCAGUCGGAGCCACCUUUCUUUUUAGAUAUGAUGAAUCUUUUUUAG